GAGAGCUGUCGCCUAAGAGAUAUACGAAUUUUGAAGUCCAAGUGCACAAUUCAAGCCAAGCAGCAAACUGCAAGCACCUGUGCUUCAAAAUACGAGUUUCUCAAAAUACUGGGCAAGGGUAGCUUUGGAGUUGUCAAGCUGGUACGUGAGAGGUCAGACUCAUCGUACUCUUACCCAAGUCGAGUCUUUGCAAUGAAGGUCAUACGAAAAUCGGACAUGCUUCGGAGCAGCCAGGAGGGACAUCUUCGCGCUGAGAGGGACUUUCUUGUUUCUUACGAAGGAUCAAACUGGGUGGUGCCACUGAUUGCGAGCUUCGAUGACCUGUCAAAUCUGUAUCUGGUCAUGGAAUAUAUGCCCGGCGGGGACUUCUUGGGCUUGUUGAUUCGCGAAAACAUACUACACGAGGCUGUGGCAUGUUUCUACAUUGCCGAGAUGAUAUUGGCCGUUGAAGAAGCGCAUCGUCUUGGAUUCAUUCACCGCGACAUUAAGCCUGAUAAUUUUCUAAUAUCCAGUUCUGGACAUCUCAAAAUCUCUGAUUUUGGGCUUGCAUUUGACGGGCAAUGGCCUCAUGAUGCAUCGUAUUACAACUACCAUAGGUACUCACUUCUACGGAAAUUGAGUAUUGAUGCUAAAGGAGAUGAAAAGGAUCAAGAAGAAAAUAAAGGCAUCCAAGGGCGGGCCGAGAAAGCACGCGCUCUGGCAGGUGACUUUGAGCGGCAUGACGAGCAGGGCCUAGGAAGCGACCAGGACCUUGGUACUCUUUUGGAAUGGAGACAUAAAUGCGGCAACCGUACGAGAGCAAAUUCCGUCGUUGGCACAAGUCAGUAUAUGGCCCCCGAGGUGAUCCAAGCACAAAACUAUCAAACGUACUACGACGGGAGUAUCGGCAUCAUUCUCUUCGAGUGCCUCUAUGGACACACGCCUUUUCUGUCGGACGAAGGGAGGAAGCCCACAAAACAAAACAUCCUGGCCCACAAAGAAAGGUUUCGGUUUCCCAUGAGACCAUUCGUCACCGAUAAAUGUAAAGACUUGAUCUACCGCUUGAUCCAGGACAAAGAGGUUCGCCUCUGCUCCAAGCGAUACCAAAUGCUCGAUCAAAGGCAGCCGGGGAUAGGGAUACAGGCGGACAGAUAUGGCCGAUAUGUUUUCCCUAAUGAUGCUGAGGAUAUCAAAGCGCAUAGAUUCUUCAAGCCUAUUCCAUGGGAUACGAUACAGAACAUUACGCCGCCCUUCAUCCCACACAUCAAUAGCCUUGAGGACAGUCACUACUUUGAUGAAUCUGAGCCUCUUGACGAUUGGAUAGAAUCGGCAACGGAAAGACCCGGGCUCACAGACGAAGAAGUUCGAUGGGUUCUACGAGGGUAUGGUAUGGCCGUACAAAAUGUGGCAAUUCGCUUGAUCAACGUGCCAUUUGACUCGGGAGCCCUUCGCAGCAGAGAUUUGGAAAUCGACUCAAUGAGCGCAUUUGACGACGAGGAGAAGGAGUUGCUAAAGAGAUUUACGAGGGAAUACGGGCGGAGAGUGCCCAAGCGACCAAGGGACAUUAUUCUACGAGAUGAAAAUAUGAAGGAGACGGCCAUGAUGGUGAGGAAACAGAGCGCCUUUAUGGGUUAUGCAUGGCAUAGCGUGAGG